AUGACAUCAACAACAAACUCAGUCAAACAACGGAAAUUAAGCGAUUUACGUGUGGCUGAUUUACAACGUGAAUUACGUUCAUUUAAUAUUACAUUCGAUAAAAAAGAACUUAAAGGAUCACUUCUUGAAAAAUUACGUCAAGCAUUAUCUGAUCGAAACCUUGAUCCAGAUAAUUAUAUUUUUGAUACUUCGACUGAUCUUAAAACAAUAUCAUCCGAUGAAAAUAAUCAAAAUCAUGAAGAAAAUGGUUCACAUGAUAAAAAUAUCUUAGAAACAUCAACAAUGGAGAUCGAUUCCGAACAUCAAUUACAUAUUGAUAAUACAGAGGAAGCAAAUUCAACGACAUCACCAUCACCAUCACCAUUACCACUGCAAACUUCAACGAUACAUGAUACAAAUGAUGAUCAAAUAAAUCAAAUGGAUACAAUAGAUUUGAGACAAAUGGUUGAAGAUCGUGAUAAUAAUAAUAUAUUUUUAACAAUUGAUCAAUCAACUACUAAACAUGAUGAUGAAUAUAGUAAUGAUAAUACUGAUCAUGGUCUUAUACAAGUUUCUUGUUCAUCAUCAGAUGAAGAAUUAGAUACAAAAAAUCAAAUUCAAUCAUCAACAAAUAAUAAUAAUAACAAUAAUAAUCAUAAUAAAACUUCAAUAACAACAACAACUAAUGGAAAACAAAUACCAUCCGAUCAUAAUCAUGGUGAAGACGAACAACAUACAACUUCAUCACUACCACCACCACCAUCAUCAUCAUCAACAACAACGACGACAACAGAUCUAACGACUGAUAAUGAUAAUAAAUCGAAAAGUGAAAUUAAUCAACAAGGAACAUCGGAUGAACAACAAAAACAAAAUAAUAUCAAUAAAGAUCAAUGUCAUCUUUGGGUAUCAAAUAUUGCUAAAGAAACUCAUGCAUCUGAUCUAAAGGCAUUAUUUUCCAAAUAUGCAAAAGUUUUAACAACUAAAGUUAUUGGAUCAAGUUCAUCGCAAUGGUUUGGAUAUAUUAAUUUAACAAUACCAGAUGAUGUUGAAAAAUGUAUUAAAGCAUUACAUCAAACAGAAUUACAUGGAAAGAAAAUUCAUGUAGAUCGAGAAAUGCAUGAUCAACCAGCACGUUCUUCAUCAUCAAAUACGCAUAAAAAACAAUCAGAUCAUUCAAGUCAUAAACCAUCAUCGUCAUCAUCAUCAAAUGAUUCACAUAAAAAACGUGAUUCAAACAAUGAAAAUCGAGAGAAAUCAUCGUCUGCUGAGUCAAAAAUAUCGUCGAAAAAACGCCCAGCAUCAACAUCCAAUGAUAAUAAAAAGAAAUUAUCAACACCGGACGUUAAUAAAUCAAAUAAUGAUGAAAAAACAGUUCGAUCACAUGAUAUCGAUGCAUCGAAUAAACGAUCAAUAGAUUCAAAUAAUGAUAAAAGAAGAACUUCAUCAAGUAGUAGUAAUAGUCAAUCUUCAAGACAUCAUGUUUCACGUACAGAUACUUCAAGAACAAAUGAAAAAUCAGAAUCUUCUCAUAAAUCAACUAGUAAUGAUCGAAAAAAUGAUAAGCAUUCAAAUAGAUCUGACCGAUCAUCAAUACAUUCUACAGAUAUAUCCAAAACUAAAAUAACAUCGCCUAUUUCGAAUCGAAGUCAUUCGAAUGAAAAACGUUCGAAUUCAUCAUCAAUAAAAUCCGAUCAUCAUCGUUCAUCAUCUAUUGAACAAUCGAAACAACGUGCACCAUCUCAUAUUACAUCAAAUAAAUAUGAAAAACCAAAAGAAACAUUUUCAAAAGAUACACAUCGUUCAAUACCAUCAAAUACAUAUGAUAAUGAUCGUCGUUCAGUUUAUCAAAAUGAACAACGUCUACGACAGGAAAAAGAAUUACUUGUACAUAAACAAUAUGUUCAACAACAAGAAGAAGAAAAAAUCAAAGAACAACAACGACGUUUAGCUGAAGAACGUGAACGAAUGAGACGAGAAUUUGAAUUUCUUGAACGUGAACGUAUGGAAAUUGAACGUUCAAGACUUGCCUUAGAAAAAGAAAAAGAAGAUCAAGCACGUGAACUUGGAAAACAACAAAGACGUUUAGCUGAUGAAGCUAAACAUCGACAACAACAAGUUGAAGCAAAAAUACGUGAUGAAAAAUUACAUCGUUUAGCACAUCAUGAUAAUAAACGUCCACGUUCAUCACAACAUGAUUCACAACGUUCACAUUACUCAAGUACAAACAAUGGUGGUGGCGGUGGUGGUAGUAAUAAUAAUAAUAUUUCAAAUAAAAGUUAUGAUCAUCGAUCAUCAACAAAUACAAAUAGUGGACGUGGACGUGAUCGAUCAAUUGGCGAUACUAAUCGGGAUUACUACCCUGAACCAAAGCGACCAUAUACAAAUAAUACGAAUAAUCAACGUGAACCUAUUUUUCGGGAUCAUGUUGUUUAUCGUGAAUCGGAUCUUCCAUCAUCUACGUCUGGUCUUGGUAUUAGUUCAUCAUCAUCAAUAAAUUCAAAUAAUAAUAAUAAUCAACAACAACGAUAUCUUCCUUCAUCAUCAAAUCAACAUCGAACACCAGAUCCUUAUAAUAUAUUACCACAACGUGGACGAGAUAUGGCCUUACCACCAACUUCAUCUGUUAGUACUGCCUAUGAACGUACAGCUCGAAAUACUAAUACAUCACCAACAAAUAAUCGUGCAAUUCUUCGACGACCACAUUCACGUGAACGAUUUGAUGAUCGAGAAUAUAUGCAACAAGCACAACGUCGUGAUAGAUCACCACCAGUGACUAAUACGAUGCGUCGCGACACACUAGAAACUGUACAUUGGGAACGACCAAAACCACGUGAUGCUGCACAUUAUGUAGAUGAUACUCAUAAGUAUUUACCUAAUCAAUAUCUUUCGGAAUCACCACAAACAGCUCAACAACAGCAACAACAAGGUUUAUGGUCGGCAGCGCCGCCAUCAAGACAACAACAACAACAACAACAACAGCAACAGCAGCAGCAACAACAACAUCACCACCAUCAUCCUGAUUUACCAGUUAAAAAUUCUCAUUCAUCUGUAAUCGAUUCAUAUGGUUGGCAACAUGUUUCUCAACAAGUACCAUCAUCUUCACAUCAUUCACAAGAUUUAGCAUCAUCCCAUGAUCGAUCUCGUACUAAUGUGAUCAAUAAUCAACGCAUUCCCAUUCUUCCAUCAAAUCAACCACCACCACCGCCUCCGCCGCCACCAUCAUCUCGCGGUGGUACAACUGGUCAAAAUCAUCUUUAUAAUCAUCCUGGUGUACCUGUAAGUUCUCUUCCAACAUCUCAACAACAUACAUCAUUAGUACCGCCACCACCACCACCAUCGCUUCAUCAUACAACUACUUAUGUUACACAACAAGCUCCACCACCUGGACUUGUCCUUCAUCCUACAGGCCAGACACGUGCCUAUGAACAACAUUAUGUUGUUACACAACCUUUACCGCAACGACGUUAUUAG